AGUAAAUGUAAUUGCAAAAAUAUACUUAAGUAUUAAAAAUAAAAGUAUAAAUCAAACCUUUUCUGCUUAAACAUAUGAAUCUCAACCUAAGAACCUCAUAGAAAAGUAGAAGUAUGCCUACAAUGUCCAACUAUAAAACUGAGAUAUUAAAUAUUUGACAAUAGUGGUGUCACCUAGCGGCAAAAAAUAUAUAUAUAAUACACUUUUUGUUUACCAUCUUGUCUUGCAUUGUUUUCUCUUGCCAAUAGUCUUAGGACAGUGGCUACUGCCACUUCGGGGUGUUCACAUAUUAGCCUAAUUUGUAGAAUAAUUUGUACCAUAUGAAUAUUCAUGCUACCCUUGUAUCGUGGUAAUAGUAAUGCGUCACCAGACACGAUGAUCACGUGACCAUAACGAUACAGUCACUGCACAGCUGAGCGAGAUGCGAGCAAGUCAGCUAACUGUCAUAAAUCCGUGAAAAAUACACCGUUUCUGCAAGAAGACGGGGAGAUGGUUACGAACGAAUAAAUUAUCCAGCCAAUGGAGCAGAUACACGACUUGCCAUCAUAUAUUGUAUUCCUCCCAAAGCAUCGUUUUAUGUCUAAAUGUCAAUGUCAUUCUCGUCUCUAGUUAGCCAAAUAGCUAGCUAAGGCCAGGGGGAGCUGGUGUCGACUAUACGGUGCGUUAUCCCUUGUUUCGAAACGCUAUCUAGAUAACUGUUCAUCAUGCAUAGCAUUGCAUUGUAUUGAUUGAUUUAGCCAGCUUGUUAACUAGUGGGAAUGUCGUAGCUAGCUAACGUUAACGUAGAGAGGAUGUGAAAACAUGAAUGCUUAACAGUAACGUAGUUAGCUACAGUAACUAGACAGCCAACCAUUUAUCCUGUCUGGCUGUGUCUGUUGGUCAUUUAUUGAUUCACUGGAGCCGAGCUUUGUCUAUAGUUGCUGACAGUCAGUUUUAUCUAUGAUGUUGAUGACAUGUUGAUGACCCGCCACCACAUAAGCUUGUCAAAAUGAAGUAUGCACCUGGCUAUAAAGAAUGUCCCCUUUAAUUCGAAUCCUCUUUAUUACAUAGUUCCCCAUGUGAAAUCCUGUUUUGACAUUGUCUGCAAAGCCUUUGCCAAAGGUUUUUGUCAUGAUAAAAGGAUGAUCAAUAAAAUAUGGAUUCUAUUUCUAUGGACUGAUCACCUCACAUGUCAUGAACCAUCACAAGUAACUUGUAACAAUGUUACAUUCUAACAUUGUCACUCAGUCCAAACAGUUGCCCACAGCAGUGGGAGGAGAGGCGCGUCACCCACACCAGCACCGCCAUGACUACACCAGGCUGCUGCCACCUGCCUGGCUCCCUGUGUGACUACUCAGGCAGCUCUGCCGACCUGCCCAAGGAGGUAGAGGAGCCAGAUGCCGGCCAGGCCCAGUACGUCGCUAAGGUUACGGCCAAAGAUGGCCGCCCACUCUCCACUGUUGUCAAGGCUAUGGGCUCACAGAGUAAUGAAGGCAUGUGUCGGAUCUGCCACGAGGGGGCCGGUGGUGAGAUGCUGCUCUCCCCUUGCAGCUGCACAGGGACCCUGGGUAAGGUGCACAAGAGCUGCCUGGAGAAGUGGCUGUCCUCCUCCAACACCAGCUACUGUGAGCUCUGCCACACCGAGUUCACCGUCGAAAAGCGACCCCAGCCCCUCACACAGUGGUUGCGGGACCCAGGCCCUCGCAGUGAGAAGCGCACGCUUCUGUGCGACAUGGCCUGCUUCAUGCUCAUCACGCCACUGGCGGCCAUCUCUGGCUGGCUGUGUCUGAGGGGAGCCCAGGACCACCUGACCCUCAACAGCCGGCUGGAGGCUGUGGGCCUCAUUGCCCUCACCAUUGCUCUCUUUACCAUCUACGUCCUCUGGACACUGGUAUCGUUCCGCUAUCACUGUCAGUUAUACUCGGAGUGGAGGAGGACCAAUCAGAAAGUGCGCCUGCUCAUGCCUGAAAUUAAAGGAGCGCACUCUACCCAACAUUCCGUCCCAACCAAGUCGACCAAGAAAAUGACUGACGAGACCAUCGUAUGAGCGCUGUGGUCUCACUUAAAAAAGUGUAAUAUAUCUUGAACUUCUGCACUUGUAGACCAUUCUGGGGAUUAUUUCUCCAUAUUCUCUAUUAUUUGAAACACUUGAACCCAGAUAUUAACUAUAACCAGUGGUUUUGGGACGUGUUGGAUUCGUGGAAUGAAGUGUCACUGAUGUCAUCGCUGGAUUAUGAACACUGGCCUGGAAAAUCAGGACACAAACGGAAGGACACAGCUAAUGUAGCGGGAUGUAACUGAUGCAGCAUGUUAAUUCAGUAUAUUUGAAACAUACUACCCCCCUUCACAAUGUAUUUAGCUGUUUUUGGAAAACUGGCAUCCAAUAGCCCUAUGAAUUUACUCUCUCAGAACAAUGACCAUGUGAACGACCAAGUCUAAAUAUGAUGUUUUCUGUUGUUAACUCUUUGCUCUUUGGAAGCUGGUAGAAGUGGGAGAGCAAAGAAGGGAACAAACUGCAGUGUUUUGGAGUGGGCUUUGGAUUGUCAGUCAAUGUAUGCAGGGUAUGCAAAAUCAUUUUAUGUUGCACUCCCUUGAGUAAGCUGGGUCAUUGUGCAAUAAAACAUAAGGGACUCUU